AUGGAGGAGAAGUAUGUAGUGGCGAAAGCAAACGGGUAUUACGGCGGUUGCAUGCCUGGAGGCAGUAGUAGUAGGAGUAGCAUUCUCCAAGCCAAGCCAAGCCAAGAGGAUCACGGGUGCGCAUUUGGUCGCCGCGAUUUCUUUCGAACGGUGUCAUGGAGCUCUCGCGUAGACACUAUACAGUCCAACAAAAUGCUUAACGAUCCGCUGUACAACAUCGCUAAGCCUGACCCCGUCCUGGAGCCUGUCGAUAUGUCCUCUAAAGACCUCCCUCAUUACUGUCCUUCGGAUGACGAAGCAGCAGGUGACCUGAGGACUAGGAGGCUGGGUUAUAUGCUACAUACUGUUCCAGGCUCCAGCAUAUGUGCCAGCUUCUGGGCGCGGAUCUCUGCUGAAACGCAGAAGUGCACUGCCGUGGGAGACAAGAGAGGUUGUGGUCUCGUUCUGGUAUUCCUCGAACCUAUCCAUAUAGCAACAAAAGGUCGCCGAGUUGCACUGGCCCAAAACCACGUCCACAGGAAGGUCUUCAGGAUCAUCGAAGACGUGCAGCUCCCGGUCACCCCUGUCCCUAUGCUCGGAAUUCCCAUCGAUCAAAUGGCGCCAGGUAGAACAGACAUCUCGUGCCACCAGGAGGCCUUCUACCGAGAGGAAAGACGCGAUGGAUUCCAGGAGUUCUACCGGGAGCCUGGCGAACCAUCGAGGGGGCGUAGCUACGCUGACACAAUGCGUCUAAGGAGGAGUGGGGAGGAUGGCGAGAUGGACAGAAAGAAAGGGAUGAAAUUGAAGUCUAAAACCGAAGGUCUGAAAUUGAAGGGCGGGGGCGGGGGCGGAGGCGGAGGCGGAGGCGGAGGCGGAGGCGGAGGCGGAGGCGGAGGCGGAGAACCUGAGAGGCUCAAAAUCUUGGCCCGCCAACACCACGACUUCUUUCACUCAAUCGACCUGCCACCACCAAAGCCGACGCUCCCACUCCUCCAGCAUAUCAACAACAUCGCAGCAUUCCCAGCUGCUACACGGCUUUGCACACUGACGCUCAUGUCGUCAAAGUGCGACACUCCGCCAAGCAGUGAUAUCGAACAGUCUCCGCACCUCCCGCCCUCUCCGCCCCUCUCCCCAAAGCCUUCCGCCGCCCCGAUCGCGCCCGUCGACAGACUCAUUGGCAUUCUGAAGCUCCGUCGUGCUGGACGACUUCCUCUCGCAGGCGAUUGCCAGUCAUUCAUACUCGACGGCGGCAGUUUUGAGGUCCUCGAAGACCGAAUAGAGAAGGAAGGUCUCCUCCCCUACUUCGAAGACAAAGUCCGCUACGACUACCACGGGCGCCGAUUUACCCUGCGCAUGCCCAGCGCCACUCAUGAACGGUUCAUAGCUUCGGUUGAGGAUCUUAUCUUUGCUGGAAUCCAAGAGGUGGCAGAUCGACUGGCGGAAGACAAGCAGGAUGAGAUUGCGAAAGCGCUGAGAGGCAUAGACAAAGGCCGAAGCACGACUCUGGAACUGCACGCCCCGAAGCUGGAGAAUAGCAGCCAGGAGAGCGAGGCUGCGGAGAAAGUAGUGCGCAGAAGUCCAGAUGCUACGUUCUAUUGCAAUGCGGGAGAGGAGGGAGCGGAACUGCCAGCGCUGGUGGUGGAGGUGAGCUAUUCGCAGCAGAAGAAGGAUUUGCCCAGGCUGGCGGAGAGCUACGUUAUCGACUCCAAGCAUGCGAUAAGAUGCGUGCUGGGACUUGACAUUACGUACAGCAAUGCAAAAGGGCAAGCGCCGAAAGAUCACACUGCGACAAUCUCAGUCUGGCGCCCGGAUGUCGAAUUCGAUGGAGAUGGAGAAGAGAUUGGAGUCUGCGCAUGCGAUGUACACGAGAUGCCCUUUCGGGGCAGCCAGGGCAUCACCUGCGAGGGAGAGUUACAGCUAACGCUAUCUGACCUCCUUCCAAAACCGAUCAUGCAAAAGCUACCAGCGACUGCCUACGACGAGCACAUUAUCAUCCCAUUCGGCGAUCUCGCAGCUUCCCUCUACAAAGCUGAGCUCGUCACUACCGCGAAACCACCGAACCCAACUAAACUAACACCAAGGAAGUUCCGCAAGCGAAAGCGAUCGCCUUCGGAAGAGCUGUCUGAUGAACGAGAGUCAAGGUACCAGAAGCUGGAGAAAGCAGACUCGGAGAAGGAGCGCAAGGUGGAUCAAGAUUGGGAACAGCCACGACAGCGCGUGAAGACGGAGCCAUUGCCAGGGACACCGACUGAGAUUCUAGCGGGAGAGCCGUGGGUGGUGCAAGCUGAAGAUGUGGACUUGGUCGAUGACCGCCGACGACAUGCCAGACGCAACCAUACCGAUCAUUCUGCUCCCGUCACCCCCAGUAUACGCUCUCGCCACGGCAGGUUGGAAUCUGCUUCUACAACACAGGCCUCCCAUAGCAGUUCUAGUCAUGCUCGCGAUGCUCUUGACAGUCCUGACAGAGCUGCCCGUGAAUCAGCUCCAGUAUACGAUUCUGUGCAACUGUGGCUCAAUGUGCCUCGCAUUCGCGCUGAACAGCAUGAGCCUCAGGCGGAGAGUACUGUCAGCCUCGAUCACGGAGGGAACACAAACACGCUUGUGUUUGUGCUGGAGCGCUGCCCACGUUCCCAUGACUCGAAGGGUUUCAGCGCGGUAUGGAAUGUCGCCAAUUGCCUGGAUCGGCGCAAUACGAGCAAGCUGAAAGAUGCCAUAUUUACAAUCAAGGCACAAUUUCAAACACUUCUUCAUCGACAUAUCCGCAAGAUGUUCCACAUAGCUUCUUCUGUCGUGACCUUUGCCUUCGUGGCAGGCAUCGCCGCGCAGGAUUUUGAUCUACCGUCGUAUCCCACUUGCACCAAGACCAUCACGCACAUAGCCUCGGAGUGCUGUCCGCCAGUCCCAACCGCCACCGCAACUGCUUACACGGACUGCGGAGGUUGCGCAUUGACGACCGCUUCCGUACCUCUUCCAUGUUUUGCCCCAUGCACAACGACGGAGACGGCGGGAAGAACAACAAUCACCAAGUGCAGCGCAUCACCAACUCCUUCGACGAGCAAGGACGACAGUCCAUGCACCAAAACCCUCACCGAAUUCCAAAAUCCUUUACGUACCUCUAUAAUCCAUCCACACUUCGAAACCGCAUACCGUAAGCUAAAUUUUUUUUUGCCCCAGGUUUCGUGCAUUCCAGUACCUUCACCAGCGACUGCAGUGGAUGUUCGCUCGCUAGCAUCACUACAACACACGCCGAUGGCAAAGCGGAUUGUGUGUCCGCAUGGCGAGGAGUCGGACUCAGAUCACUUCCGUGAUUUGUGGAUGAGGUUUGGCUUAUAUGAGGUUAAGAUGUGUCUACGGCGCGUUUUCGAUUUUCUGUGCUUUGGAUUUUUAUCGCUCUCCUCGGCAUAUGUUGCGAAGUUCGAGGGUUCUAGAGGAGUUGUCAUUAAAUCAUCUUCCAAAAGAGUUGGGAGGGGUGCCGAGACGAGCCGAAGGUGGUUAUAA